UGUUAAACAUUUGGUUCUUGAUGAAGCAGAUAGGCUUCUCGAAAUGGGUUUCCUAGAGCAGACAGAUGAAAUUUUUCAUGCAUGCUCAAAUCCAAAACUACAGACAUAUCUCUUUAGUGCGACAUUACCGUCCGGUGUGGAGACUUUAGCAAACACUAUUAUGAAAGAUCCUAUUAAAGUCGUGAUAGGAAUCAAAAACGCAGCAACAGAUACGGUCAACCAAGAGCUUGUCUACGUCGGCCAAGAAGAAGGGAAACUCAUAGCAAUAAGACAGUUGGUCCAGCAAGGACUUAAGCCUCCGGUGUUGAUAUUUGUACAAUCCAUUGAGAGAGCAAAAGAAUUAUUUCACGAAUUGAUUUAUGACGGGAUAAACGUGGAUGUUAUACACUCGGAACGAACAAAAGCUCAACGUGAUGCAAUAAUACAAUCGUUUAUGCAAGCCAAAAUAUGGAUUUUAAUAGCCACGGAACUCAUGGCGCGUGGAAUGGAUUUCAAGGGCAUCAACCUUGUUAUUAAUUAUGACUUUCCGCAGACAGUUCAAAGUUACAUUCAUCGUAUCGGUCGAACAGGACGUGCUGGAAGGCCUGGCGCGGCAAUCACUUAUUUUACAAAGGAAGAUGCGCCGUAUCUCAAGAGUAUCGUUAACGUGAUAAAAGAAUCGGGUUGCCAAGUGCCUGACUGGAUGUUACAAUUAAAGAAUCCGUCGCAAGAAUCCAAAAAGAAGUUACGGAGGAAGCCGAUUGAACGCAAGCGCAUAAAUACAAGAUCAAAAUACGAUCUGGCCAAGAUAAAACACAAAAGGGAACUCGUCGAAGCGUCAAAGAAAAGGAAAUUGCAACAGGAAAAAUAA